AUGUUAUCAAGAAUCCGUGGUUUCGUUAGCCGUCAUAGGCGAAAGUUUAUAGUGGGAAGCAUUGUCAUUAGCAGUGUUAUUUUCAUAAGAUAUACGCAACGUAAGAUUCGAGAAUGGCAAGAGAAAGAGAUAAAGGAAAUGCUUGAAAGGACAAAAAGAAGACAGUACUUUGAGUGUACAGAAAGAACAUGUAAUCAGAUGAUUAUUUCCCUCGCAUCAACUCUAAGAGAUUCUGUAAUAAAGGUUUUAGAUACUGAAACUAUUGUAAAUAAACUCAGAAGUGGCUGUACCGAUAAAAUAGCAUGUUGGAAUGAAUUGAAGGUUGUAGCAAUUGCCAGAUCAGCUGUAAUAAUAUAUUCAUAUGCCAUGUUAGCUACUUUAAUAAGGAUUCAAUUUAAUGUAAUGGGUGGCCAUGUCUACAAAGAUAUCCAGAAAUCCAAUGGUACAACUACAGAGAAUAUUGUACAGACAAAAUAUAUGUCUCUUUCGGGUCGAUUCAUGUAUGACGGUGUUAAAAAAUUAAGUUCUCUUAUAAAAGAUAAAGUCGCAGAAAUAACGGCUUCGAUAUCUUUGAAAGAUGAAUUAACUUUAAGAGAUUUAGAAGAAAUAUAUUGGGCUAUAACGUCAUCUAUAUCUACAGAUAAUUCAAGGGAUCCUGUAAAAAAUCUUGCAGAAUACAUGAUACAAAUAAACUGCGAAGGCGAGCAAGAGACUGUGUUGUUGAAAUUAAUUAAUGAAACCCUAGAUCUUCUAGAGAGCGAAGAAGUACAAAACUUAACACAAAGUAAUAUAAGAAGUGGGUUUAGCUUAUUAGUAGAUCACAUUUCUGCAUUUUUUACUGGUCCUCCUACAAUGGAAAAUGGUAAAACUACAAAUGGUAUUUCAGUACCAGGAACAUCAAGUCAAAAUCAUAUGAGUUGGAAAGAAAACAAUAGCACAGAAGCGAAUUAUCAUGCAAAUUCGUUUGUUAAUAUUAAUAAGGUGUCGAUGCCCAUGGCUAAAAUAAUACCAAUCAUAAAUGGACAAGUACCAGAUAAAUCAAUAUCGCAAGAUUUUCAGGCAGACUUAUUACAACGUUUUGUAACAAAUAACGAACUUAAAACGCUUGGGGCAAAUAUUUAUGAAGCAUUUAGUUUUUAAGUUUAACAGUGAAAAUAUUUAAUAUGUACACAAAACACAACAUGGCAUAUAUACUGUGUACAAUAUUGUUUCAAGUAUAAAUACAUUAUUUUACAUUAAAAAGAAAUACAAAUGUAUCGUCUGUAGUAGUACAUCAUAGAUAAGAUUUUGUUAUAUAUAUUUAUAAUGUGUUUAAGCUAUGAAAAGACAAGUCUAUCACUUUUGUAUCCACUUGUAUAUUUAUAAUAUCUUAGUAAUGGGAGUAUUAUAGUUAUGUAUAAUAUAAAAAUAGAAUUGUAAAAGUAUGUCUCAAUCCUCUUGUUAUUGUAUGUAAUUUCCUCAAGGAAUUAUAAUAUAUUUUUACUUUUCGAAAA